AUGCUGGAUGUGAUGUCAUGCAUUUUGGUGUUCGAAGUCAUCAAGCUAUGGCACCAGAACAUGAAUACAAUUGUGAUUACAUACGAUCUCUCUCAAAUUGAUUCCGAAGAUUUCGUAUACAUGCUCAAAGACGGCACCGUUGCUGAGCAGGGGUACCACAAUAAACUCAAGUCCUUCCCUAAUCAGUUCUCUCAGGUGCUCCUGCUCCAGAGUGCAACCCGUUGUUUUCAGGAGAAGGUCGAGGAGAUGCUGGUGCCAAUUCUGGUUGAGGUGAUCCUCGAGCAACAGGACAUGGAGAAGCAGGAGGAGCUUGAGGAUGUCAAAUGCAGCACACGUGCAUUGAAGCACCAGAGUGUCGUGCACUCAACUGCCACCCGCUAA